CCUCGCCGCCGAUUCCUCACCAGCCCUCCCACCUUCCCAGCCAAAACAUCACCGCACAUCUCCCCGGCGAAGCAGCAGCAACCAGCGGCAUCCAUGGCCCCCAAGGCGGAGAAGAAGCCGGUGGCGGAGAAGGCCGAGAAGACGACGGCGGCGAAGAAGACCAAGGCCGAGAAGCGGCCGCCGGCGUCCAAGGAGGGCGGCGAGAAGAAGGGGAAGAAGAAGGCCAAGAAGAGCGUGGAGACGUACAAGAUCUACAUCUUCAAGGUGCUGAAGCAGGUGCACCCGGACAUCGGCAUCUCCUCCAAGGCCAUGUCCAUCAUGAACUCCUUCAUCAACGACAUCUUCGAGAAGCUGGCCGGCGAGUCGGCCAAGCUCGCCCGCUACAACAAGAAGCCCACCAUCACGUCCAGGGAAAUCCAGACCUCUGUCCGCCUCGUCCUCCCCGGCGAGCUCGCCAAGCACGCCGUCUCCGAGGGAACCAAGGCCGUCACUAAGUUCACCUCCGCUUAGAUAGUCUGCUCAUGUCUUCUUGGUCGAUCGAUGGUAACUGUUUCAUUAUCUUGUGAAAUAGUGAUGGUGCUUCUUUGAUCUGUCUCGUGGCUCUGUACCAUUUUCAGUUCUAGUCCCUGUUGCUUCAUUUGACAGAGUUCUUGCUAUGACCCUGUUUGUGUGAGUUUAUCUUGGAGAGAUGUUUCUGAUUGCAAAUUUUGCUCCGAAUUGUAGUAAAUAUUUGCAUACAA